GCCAGUCUCUGCAGAUGGUGAAAGUUCCAUUUUCUCUUUCGUUCGGCCGGCAUUCGCGUUUUGUUGUGUGUGUAGUGGGUGUUAUGGCGUAUUCCUCGUCUUGAAAAUACUGUGAGACAAAAUGCCAGCUGUGUUUCUGGACCGGUUGCCCUUGCCGAGUUUGCAGGCCUAUACUGUCGGCAGUGUACUAUUACUGGCAUGUUCUGUACACUAUGCCGUGCAAAUGACAGCUCAGAUGGGAGUGAAUUUUGCGAAUGGGACGGCGAGCAUUGGUGAUUUCCGAAACGACGUCUUAAAUUAUCGAAAUUCCACCCCACCUGGAUUAAUACAAGACAUUUCAUUUUGUGAAAUAUUAUUAGAACGUGCUUGCUUUAAACGUAGCAUUGAAGUAAUAUAUUUUAUGCUACAGGAACCCAUGUGCAUAUGGACUCUGAUAAAUAUAACGUAUUGCUGCUUUAUUCUUAUUGGAAAAAUAAUUCAGAAAUUGGUGUUCGGUGAUUUAAGAGUGUCAGAACAACAGCACAUCAAAGACAAGUUCUGGAACUUUGUAUUUUACAAGUUUAUCUUCAUCUUUGGAGUGAUGAAUGUUCAGUUCAUGGACGAAGUUGUGCUGUGGUGCAGUUGGUUCUCCAUUCUCGGAUUCUUGCAUCUACUUGCUCAACUCUGCAAAGAUAGGUGUGAAUAUUUGUCUUUCUCUCCGGCCACCCCCAAGUGGACGCACUGCAGAGUCCUAAUGCUGCUGUUCGGAAUACUCUGCAUAUCUUUUAGCCUCUUUGGAAUUUGCGUGUUUGUCGGACUGCACGCUGGAAUCAAUACGUUCGCCUUCAUGGCCGCCGAGUGUUCCUUAGUUUCUAUCAGAACAUUCUAUGUCAUUGCUAGGUAUGCUCUUCACUUAUUGGACGCCACGCGUGAAGGUACCUGGGAGAAGAGAGCCACUUACGUCUAUUACACAGAACUUGGAUUCGAACUCACUGCACUCAUUGUUGACUUCUUUCAUCAUUUGCACAUGUUGUUGUGGGCCAACAUCUUUUUGUCUAUGGCGACGCUCGUCAUUGCUAUGCAGCUACGUUGCUUGUUCUAUGAAAUCAGACAUCGAAUGAAGAAAUAUAAAAACUAUCUGAAAAUUGUACGACAUAUGGAAUGCAACUAUCCCAUGGCUACUGCCGAGGAAAUAGAUAGAAAUAAUGACGCCUGCGCCAUAUGCUGGGAUCAUUUGGAUCUGGCAAGAAAACUUCCCUGCGGACAUCUCUUUCAUAACGCCUGCCUGCGAUCGUGGCUGGAACAGGACACGUCGUGUCCGACGUGUCGCAAAGCACUGAGUGAUGACAGCAUUGAAAGAAAUAUGGCUACUCCUCAAGAUUUCGACCACUCAGACAUUCUGGAUCGAGAAGUAGGGGAUAGUGGACAUCAGUAUUUCAACUUUGAAGGGACAAACAGUUGGCUGUUACCCAGUUUCCUCAGAGUCUCAUCACAAGGUGGAACUUCUGCCGCUCGACUGGAAGCCAUGACUCGCCAAGUUCAUCAAAUGUUUCCUAACAUGCCAAUGAAUAUUAUAUUAGAGGAUCUCAAGUUAACAUUGUCUGUUGAAAUGACAGUCGAAAAUAUAUUAGAUGGAAAACUAGUCCUCCCUCUGGCUACAGAGAAUCUGUUGGGGAAGCAGAAAGCACUGUCAGCAUGUCGAAAUCAGUUCAAUUACAUCGAUGAUGCUGUCUUCCCUGCUGACAGCUACGAAGUGGAAGAACUAGACAGAUUUCCUGAUCUGAUGAGGAUGCACAUAGCCUCUCCCCUCGGAUGUCGCUUCUCAAAAUCACCCGAAGAGAGAGAACGAAUAUUGGCCAAAAGGAAGGAGAACCUUCUCAAGCAAGCAAGGAGGAGGUAUCUCUCUAAAUGCCAAGAGAAUGAAAGCUGAGAAGAAUCAAAACUGUCUUUUACCAAGUCUUUCUCUCUCCUCCUCCCCCCUCCCCCCUGUACAUUCAUGCAUUCAUCUCUCAUUCAUUUACCUUCUAUCAUAUUUUGUUUUUAAAAGAUUAGUGACAAUUGUUGUGACAAAUGCAAUGUGUAAUUUAUAUUCAUUGGGAUUAUUAUUAUUGACUCAAAGUGUAGUUUUACUUUCAGUUGUUGUUGUUGACAUUCAGCUCAAAUAGAUUUAUCAUUCAUCGUGGGAUGAACAAACAAA